AAUUAAAAGAUCCGGUCGAGCAGAAACUGGCUGGGCCUGCAGUAAUAACAACGCUGCCAUCUGGGAGGGCAGCAAGAGUUUAGAAGACUUUGUUCGCUUCAGUCCUACACUCUCAUUAUUAGGCAGGACCAUAAGCUGGGUAAAUAUGAAACUUCGGUCGAGAAUUGUUUCUGUUGAUAGCCCGUCGCCUCAACUCAGCUCGCCGAGGACUCCUUGUCGUCGUCGACCGGAUUUGUCCAGAGUUCCGCGGAUAGAGCGGAGCCGCUCUCGGGAUGUGCAAGAGGUUUUGCAGGACUGCUCCAAUUUGUACUGCAAUGCUGUCCCAACUGCAGGAAAGCGCCCACGUCUGAAACGUGGAAGGAAAAGGGCUCUACCAGUCGAGGAGUCUAAAGCAGAAUCUGAUUUCAAGACGCCGGUGCGCCAUCGCCGAGAGAGGCACCCGUCAUCAGUCAACCCUGCUGCACGCAGCCUGUACUCUCCUGUAGUCCGUUUCCUCACUCCCACCAAAGACAAUGAGCGGUCUAACAGUGGUGCAGUGUUCAGCCCUGAACAGUGUGUGUUUGGCUACAGUUCCACCGGCCCACUUUCAGAAGACGAGGAGAAUGAUGAAGUAUUCAGCCCAUUCACGUUCAUCAAAAACAUUCCAAACCAGUCACAACAGUACAGGCCUGCCUCUGCUCUUCGGGACAUCCCACCAAAGAUAAGGAGCACACCUGCAGCCACUAUGGUGCUAGAUUUGGAUGAGACGCUUGUGUUCAGCUCACUCAAUGUGAUUGAAGAUGCAGAGUACAAAUUUAACACUUGCUUCCAAGAUCAAGAGUACAAGGUGUAUGUGGUUCUAAGGCCACAUGUGAAGGAGUUUCUACAAGCUAUGGCGAAACAUUUUGAGAUGUUUGUUUACACCUCUGCCAAAAAAGAAUAUGCAGAAAUGAUUGUGGAUAUACUGGACCCAAAGAAAAAACUGUUCAGGCACCGUUUGUAUCAGGACGACUGUGCUUGUGUUCUUGGACACUAUGUUAAGGACUUGGGGGUGCUGGAAAGAGACCUGUCGAAGACAGUGAUUCUGGACAAUGCACCUCAUACUUUCCCAUACCAUCUGAUGAACAUGAUUCCCAUAAAGAGCUGGUCUGGAGACAAAGACGACAAGGAGCUCCAGAGGCUCAUCCCUUACCUAGAAAAACUGGUCCAAGCAGACGACUUCAGGACUGUACUGAAGAGGAGGACAGACCAUUUUCACCGGUUGCUCUCUGAGGAUUGAAGUUCUUGUCAUCUUUUAUGUAUAUAUUUUUUUUUUUCAUAUAAAUCAUGAUUAUAGAUGUAAAUAAUGGUGUCAAUUUUUUUUCCAAUAGAUGAGGAUGUUUACUCCCCUUUUGCCUGAAGACUGAAUUAUUUUGAUUGUGUCCAGUAAUCUUUUGAAAAAAAUAGUUUUUAACUAUGCAUGCUUAAAAGGGAAUACUGCUGACUUUCAGUUGUUAGAUAUGGCCAUACUAUGCCUUUUAAGAGAACUUCUGCAGAAAUCUUAGUCCUCUCAAUAAGUAAAAACAAAAAGAGGAGUUACUUGCAGCCAUUUCACCAAAUCACAUGACGCUACAGUGUGAUGCUUAGGAAAUAUGCCAGACAUGUUGCAGAACGUCUGAUGUUUUGAGCCAUAUAUGAAAGUUAAAAAGUUCCCCACUAACCCAUUAAUGUCCAUAUUUAAAAUUUACCUUUCUGGUGGGAACAUAAGCAUAAGACUUUUUCUCUUUAAAAUACUCAAACCAUAUAGCUAAGCAAGUUUUUGUCACUUAUUAAACUGAAUCUUUUGGUCACCUGGCCACUGAUUAUUUAACAAAACAAAAAUCACAUUCAAAUGGAUUCUGUUAGAUGUUUUAUCCAGUAAAUGACUGUACAUCUUUCCCACUUUAGACCAUUUAGAACAAGUUGUGAUAUCUUUUACCUUGUGUUAUUUUGGACAUGAAUGGGUUAAGAGAGGUUAAGACGGCUAGAUCUGAAAUGUAGAAGUAAAGACUCAUCCAAGCCACCUUCACUGAGUCUAGUUUGGAUUGUAUGCUUUCGUUUGACAAUACAUAUUAAGUUAAUUGAAUGCAAAAUCCUUUGUCCUGCUCCAUGUGUAAUUUUGCUGUAUUUAUCUGCUUUUUACAUGACACUAUGUAUAAUACUUUGUCAUAUUUGUACAUUAUGUUCAGAUACCCACUUCUAAAUUGCCAUCCUCAACUCUGCCACUUUCUCAAAAUUUUAGAAUAAAAGUAAAGUACAUUUUGUGUCUGUUUGCAGGUUUAGCUGUGGGUUCAGGAGAGAAACCCAGUGUCUUGUUGCACAGCACCUCGUACAUUUGGGAUCCUAUAUUAGAGAAGGUUUAAAGAAAUUUUGUAGUGAAAAAUUGACUGACAGAUUUCUGCAGUGGGUUGGGAUGUUUUUAAGAUGUUCAUGCAAAAUAGCCCAUGCUUCUGAUGAACACAUUUAUUUAAUCUGUCGUUUGUAGUUUUGCUUUGACAUGUUCAGCUGGGCAGUAGUAGAGACGUCAGGUUUUAGAGAAAGUUGUCAGCUUUCACAGUAUCCAUUUGAAUCUCUCAGAAAAUGUCAUAAAUCUGACAGACUUUUUCUUACUACCUUUUCUCAAGAACAUAUUUAAGGUAAACUUAGAUGUUGGUGAACGAGGCCCAUUGUUCCUAACACUGCUUUGUGUUUAAUUUCGUUAUUUUUGUGUUAGCAUCCUAGUCACACUUAUGACUUUAAAGGGCCCAUGUUUAAAAUAAAAUGUUUACCCCUUUUUGAAGUAAAGGUUUGAUGUAGUAUGCAGA